ACCCCCCCUGGUGUCGGCUGGGGGAACUGAAGCGGCCAACACUGUACGUACAACAGCAGUGUGAAGAUGGCGGAGGGUGAAUUGAACGUGGAUAGCCUCAUCUCUCGGCUGUUGGAAGUGCGGGGAUGUCGCCCGGGGAAGAUAGUCCAGAUGACAGAGGCGGAGGUGCGGGGUCUUUGCAUCAAAUCCAGGGAGAUCUUCCUCAGCCAACCCAUCCUGCUGGAGCUGGAAGCGCCCCUGAAGAUCUGUGGUGAUAUUCAUGGGCAGUACACAGACCUAUUGAGGCUGUUUGAAUAUGGUGGCUUCCCUCCAGAGGCAAAUUACCUUUUCCUGGGUGAUUAUGUAGACAGAGGGAAACAAUCCCUGGAAACCAUUUGCCUUCUGCUUGCCUACAAGAUCAAAUACCCAGAGAACUUUUUCCUGCUCAGGGGCAACCAUGAGUGUGCUUCCAUCAACCGCAUCUAUGGGUUCUACGACGAGUGCAAGCGCAGGUUCAACAUCAAGUUGUGGAAGACUUUCACUGACUGCUUUAACUGCCUCCCCAUUGCUGCUAUUAUUGAUGAGAAAAUCUUCUGCUGCCAUGGAGGGCUGUCACCGGACUUGCAGUCGAUGGAGCAAAUCCGCAGGAUCAUGAGGCCCACAGACGUGCCCGACACAGGUCUGCUGUGUGACCUGUUGUGGUCAGAUCCAGACAAGGAUGUACAAGGCUGGGGAGAGAACGACCGCGGGGUCUCCUUCACCUUCGGAGCAGAUGUGGUCAGUAAGUUCCUAAACCGGCAUGACCUGGACCUCAUCUGCAGAGCCCACCAGGUUGUGGAGGAUGGAUACGAGUUCUUUGCCAAACGCCAACUGGUCACACUUUUCUCUGCUCCAAACUACUGCGGGGAGUUUGAUAAUGCAGGCGGUAUGAUGAGUGUUGAUGAAUCCCUCAUGUGCUCCUUCCAGAUCCUAAAGCCCUCAGAGAAGAAGGCCAAGUAUCAGUACGGUGGUGUAAAUUCUGGCCGGCCCGUCACCCCACCCCGCACCACCCAAGCCCCCAAGAAGAGGUGAACAUACAACCGUGGCUCUCCCUCCUCCUUCUCACCUCAUACAACCCCCGUCUGCCGUCAUGGCACCCCUCUGUAACUCCCCUGUAUAGUGAAGAUACAGGGCUUAUCUAAUUGCCCGAAUCUUUUUUUCUCCUCCUUCCCCACUCAACCAACCCCCCGUCAACUCCACUGACAGCUCUUUUCUUAAUGUGUACGUGUACAUAAAUUUGCUGUGACCAA